AUGAAGAUGAGCUUGUAUGACAAAGCUCCCCAUUCAGAAGAUUCCACGUAUGAAUCCAGCGAACGACUUCUCGCAGAGGAAGAAGGCACCCUUUGGAGUGGAAAUGAACCAUCAGUACCCACAUGUAGCAGCUUUGCCGUGUGUCUUUUCCGAGCGAGUGCACUCGUCCUGGUAUUCUUAGUCGGGGCUCUGUUUGGCUUCCAGUGGCGUGGUGACUUGGACGGCCUUUGCAGUCGACAUGUCUCUCAAUAUUCAACUGUCGUGAGAGAAGUUGGCGUUCAAUAUAGUCUCCAAGAGUUCAAUGGCUCUCUGCUGAAAGAGAACAUUUUCCGACAGGACGCCGGCCCCGAUGUUGAUGCAGCGUGGGAAUCCUUAGGCGUCAACUACCGCAGUGUUCGUAUACCCCUAGAGGACGCCGAACAAUCUGGACUUGCUGCCGACCAAGUGAAGAUCAACGCAAAGUAUGGCGGAGGUUUUCCUGCAAAUGUCGAAGGGCUACACCACCUUCACUGCUUGAAUCUGCUGCGUCAGUCACUGUACUAUAACUACGACUACUACCACGCGAAGGGGGAAGGGCCCUUCACAAACAAUGACUAUAUAGUCCGCCUCCACGUGUCACAUUGCCUCGAUAUUAUUCGCCAAGAGCUCAUGUGCACGGUCGACAGUGGAGUCCUCGGUCAAGUGUGGAUUUACCCCGAGAAUCCAGAGCCUUAUGUCGAUUUCAACACUAAACAUCGAUGUAAAAACUUCGAUGCUGUCCGUCGCUGGGCUGAGAAGAACCAACUACCUCAGGACCCACCGGCGGACUUUUUACAGCCUCCAUCAGAGGGAGACCGAAUCUACAGCCGAAUGCCCUGA